AUGGAAGAGGAGGGAGAGAAGAGGAAGACGAAGCAUGAGGACGUAAACGACGCCGUAUCAGGGACGAUGAAGAAGCCUCGAGAGACGGCGGCGGCGGCGACAGAGGAGGAGGAGGUGGAGGAGUUCUUCGCGAUUCUCCGGCGGAUACACGUGGCGGUCAGUUACUUCGAUAAGGGGAGUAACGGAGACCCCCGUCAGAUGACGGAGGGUGGGUCGAGAUUGAUGGAGACGAUCGAGAUGGAGUGUGCCGGAGCUGUUAACGGCGUUGAGGAGGAUAAGGUGGAGGAGGGGAGAGAGAAAAGUUCGGAACAGAUUCCGGGUUUGGAUUUGGAUUUGAAUGCGGUGCCUGAUCCGGAAGAUAACCCGGGCUUUUGA